CCGCAGCCGCAGCCGCAGCGGGCACAGAGCAGGUAGAUGGCCCCCCCAGGGCAGGCCCUGCGGACACCCCUCCCUCCGGCUGGCGGAUGCAGUGCCUAGCGGCCGCUCUUAAGGACGAAACCAACAUGAGUGGGGGAGGGGAGCAGGCCGACAUACUGCCGGCCAACUACGUGGUCAAGGAUCGCUGGAAGGUGCUGAAAAAGAUCGGGGGCGGGGGCUUUGGUGAGAUCUACGAGGCCAUGGACCUGCUGACCAGGGAGAAUGUGGCCCUCAAGGUGGAGUCAGCCCAGCAGCCCAAGCAGGUCCUCAAGAUGGAGGUGGCUGUGCUCAAAAAGCUGCAAGGGAAAAGCCACGUGUGCAGGUUCAUUGGCUGUGGCCGGAAUGAGAAAUUUAAUUAUGUGGUGAUGCAGCUCCAGGGCCGGAAUCUGGCCGACCUGCGCCGCAGCCAGCCGCGAGGCACCUUCACGCUGAGCACCACGCUGCGGCUGGGCAAGCAGAUCCUGGAGUCCAUUGAGGCCAUCCACUCGGUGGGCUUCCUGCACCGUGACAUCAAGCCGUCAAACUUUGCCAUGGGCAGGCUGCCCUCCACCUACAGAAAGUGCUACAUGUUGGACUUCGGGCUGGCCCGGCAGUACACCAACACCACGGGGGAUGUUCGGCCCCCUCGGAAUGUGGCCGGGUUUCGAGGGACUGUUCGUUAUGCCUCAGUCAAUGCCCACAAGAACCGGGAGAUGGGCCGCCACGAUGACCUGUGGUCCCUUUUCUACAUGCUGGUAGAGUUUGCAGUGGGGCAGCUGCCCUGGAGAAAGAUCAAGGACAAGGAGCAGGUAGGGAUGAUCAAGGAGAAGUAUGAGCACCGGAUGCUGCUGAAGCACAUGCCCUCCGAGUUCCACCUCUUUCUGGACCACAUUGCCAGCCUCGACUACUUCACCAAGCCCGAUUACCAGUUGAUCAUGUCGGUGUUUGAGAACAGCAUGAAGGAACGGGGCAUCGCUGAGAAUGAGGCCUUUGACUGGGAGAAGGCGGGCACCGAUGCCCUCCUGUCCACAAGCACCUCCACUCCACCCCAGCAGAACACGCGGCAGACGGCAGCCAUGUUCGGGGUGGUCAACGUGACGCCAGUGCCCGGGGACCUGCUCCGGGAGAACACCGAGGACGUGCUGCAGGGCGAGCACCUGAGUGACCAGGAGAACGCACCCCCAAUCUUGCCUGGGCGGCCCCCUGAGGGGCUGGGUCCCAGCCCCCACCUUGCCCCCCACCCCGGGGGUCCUGAGGCUGAAGUCUGGGAGGAGACGGAUGUCAACCGGAACAAACUCCGGAUCAACAUCGGCAAAACCCCUUGUGUGGUGGAAGAGGAGCAGAGCCGAGGUGUGGGGGUCCCAAGCUCCCCGGUGCGGGCCCCUCCAGACUCACCGACAACCCCAGUCCGUUCUCUUCGCUACCGGAGGGUCAACAGCCCUGAGUCUGAGAGGCUUUCCACAGCGGAUGGGCGGGUGGAACUGCAUGAGAGGAGGUCACGAAUGGAUCUGCCCGGCUCACCCUCGCGCCAAGCCUGCUCUUCGCAGCCGGCCCAGAUGCUCUCAGUGGACACAGGCCACGCCGAUCGGCAGGCCAGCGGCCGCAUGGACGUGUCAGCCUCCGUGGAGCAGGAGGCCCUUAGCAACGCCUUCCGCUCAGUGCCGCUGGCCGAGGAGGAGGACUUUGACAGCAAGGAGUGGGUCAUCAUUGACAAGGAGACAGAGCUCAAGGACUUCCCCCCGGGGGCCGAGCCCAGCACAUCGGGCACCACGGACGAGGAGCCCGAGGAGCUGCGGCCGCUGCCCGAGGAGGGCGAGGAGCGGCGGCGGCCAGGGGCAGAGCCCGCCGUCAGGCCCCGGGGACGAGGCAUGCAGACGCUGGCUGAGGAGGACCCUCGGCAGAUUCCAACCCAGCCCCUACCACCCCAGCUGAGCCAAGCUGAUGGCCGGUCAGAGACGUCGCAGCCCCCCACGCCCGGCAGCCCUUCCCACUCGCCCCUGCACUCGGGACCCCGGCCUCGACGGAGAGAGUCCGAUCCCACAGGCCCGCAGAGACAGGUGUUCUCCGUGGCAUCCCCGUUUGAGGUCAAUGGUCUCCCACGAGCUGUGCCUCUGAGCCUGCCCUACCAGGACUUCAAGAAAGACCUCUCUGAUUACCGAGAACGGGCUCGGUUGCUCAACAGGGUCCGGAGGGUGGGAUUCUCCCACAUGCUGCUCACCACCUCCCAGGUCCCACUGGCUCCUGUUCAGCCUCAAGCUAAUGGGAAGGAGGAGGAGGAUGAGGAGGAGGAGGAGGAAGAGGAGGAAGAGGAGGAGGAAGAGGAGGAGGAGGAAGAAGAGGAGGAGGAGGAGGAAGAAGAGGAGGAGGAGGAAGAAGAGGAGGAGGAGGAGGAGGAGGAAGAGGAGGAGGAGGCAGUGGCUCUAGGGGAGGUGCUGGGGCCUCGCAGUGGCUCCAGCAGUGAUGGGAGUGAGAGGAGCACUGACCGGAGCCAAGAGGGUGCCCCUUCCACGCUGCUGGCUGAUGACCAGAAGGAGUCCAGGGGCCGGGCCUCCAUGGCCGACGGGGACCUGGAGCCUGAGGAGGGCUCCAAAACGCUGGUGCUCGUCUCCCCUGGCGACAUGAAGAAGUCGCCCGUCACUGCCGACCUGGCCCCUGACCCUGACCUGGGCACUCUGGCUGCCCUCACUCCUCAGCAAGAGCGGCCCCAGCCCACCGGCAGCCAGCUGGACGUGUCUGAGCCAGGCACCCUGUCCUCUGUCCUCAAGUCUGAGCCCAAGCCCCCUGGGCUGGGAACAGGGCCAGGGGCUGGGGCAGUGACCACAGGGGCAGGAGGAGUGGCAGUCACCUCCUCACCCUUCACCAAAGUUGAGAGGACCUUUGUGCACAUUGCAGAGAAAACCCACCUCAAUGUCAUGUCUUCCGGUGGACAAGCCUCCCGGUCUGAGGAGCUGGGUGCUGGGGGUGAGCUGGGCCUGGAGGCACCCUCUGACGGGAGGGUUGUGGAGGAGGGGGCCUCCGUGCCCCUGGAGAAUGGCAUCGCCCAGUCAGGGCUGGAGAGCUGUGUUCUGUCUGGACCCCCGAUGGAUAGCCCCUUGGAGGUGGCCACAGACUCACUGCCCAAUGGCCCAGCCCUUGUUAACGGGCCAGCUCCAGCAUCCCCGCUGGAACCAGGCCCAGAGAAACUGGCCACUGUCUCCCCCAGCCGCCAUGCCAUGCUAGGCCCUCGCCCCAGGAGCCGGAUCCCUGUCCUGCUGUCUGAGGAGGACACAGGUUCGGAGCCCUCGGGCUCACUGUCGGCCAAAGAGCGGUGGGGCAAGAGGGCCCGACCACAGCAGGACCUGGCACGGCUGGUGAUGGAGAAGAGGCAGGGCCGCCUGCUGCUGCGGCUGGCCUCUGGGGCCUCGUCCUCCUCCAGUGAGGAGCAGCGCCGUGCCUCUGAGACGCUCUCAGGCACGGGCUCAGAGGAGGACACGCCUGCCUCGGAGCCUGCCGCCCCCAGGAAGGCAGGGCGGGCAGCUACCACCCGGAGCCGGAUUCCCCGCCCCAUCAGCAUCCGCAUGCCCACGCCUGCUGCAGCCCAGCAGUCCCCUGGCAGACCCCACAGAGCUGCCCCCGCAUCUGACACAGCCAUCACCAGCAGGCUCCAGCUGCAGAAGCCCCCAGGGUCGGCCGUUGCUGCUGACCUCCGCCCCAAACAGCCCCCCGGCCGUGGCCCGGGCCCAGGGCGAGCCCCAGCCGGCACCAGGCCCCCCGCCCCGCGAAGUCCAGGCCCCUCCACCUCCGCCGCGCCACGCCAGCCCAGCGCGUCCCCCCGGAGCCAGUCCCUGUCCCGUAAAGAGAGCUCCUCUCCCUCGCACCAGGCCCGGCCCGCAGGUCCCCCGCCCCGGGGCGCCCCGCAGGCCCGGGCCCAGCCUGAUGGUACCCCCUCCCCGGGGGGCCCCAAGAAAGGACCCAGAGGGAAACUCCAGACUCAGCGCGCAGCAACCAAAGGCCGGGCGGGGGUCGCGGAGGGCCGGGCCGGGGCCAGAUAAUGACGCGCGAGGCUCUCCGCGGCCCCCCACCCUCACCCCGGCCCCCCAUCCGCAGCCGGCCACACUGAAACAGCUCCCAGCACAGCCUUACGCGCCUGACGCGCGCCACCCGCGGCCCCAGCUUCCCGCCUGCACCCGCGAGGACGCGCGCCAGCAUUCGCCGCGCCCGCCCGCCGGCCCGGCCGGAGGGGGACGCCUCGCCGCGGGGUUGGGGAGGGGGGGGAGCGCCAGCCUCCCGGUACUCCGCCCCCUCCCCGUGACCCCUGCCAUCCCCCUGCCGCCCUUCGGGUGGGGCAGGCUCACCCUCCGCCCCGGGGAAGGCUCAGCCACUUUUUCACUGAGGACUCCACUAAUGGGGACGCCCCCUCACCCGCCAGGCCUCUGCUGCUCUUCGUGCUCCCACAGGGACCUCUGCUUACACCUCCUGCGGCGCCUUUUCCUCCUCCCGGCCUUCUUCCAGCCCAAGCCCACCCACCUCCACUUUGAGAAAGGCAGCCUCAAAUUCCGGAAGUGGAAGUUCCAGCCUCCCCACCAGGGACCAAUACCACAAUCUCCUGGAAGCUGUGGUGGUCCAAAAGGCCUUCUCUUCUCAGCUGCUAGGCUGGGGUUGGGGAGCUGGGAUCCAGGGGCCAUUGGUCUACUCAGGUGUGAGGGGGCAGAUCUGACCAGCCCCAAAGUCCGCUCCAUUCUGGACACCCCUGUGGAAGAUAGUGGGCAGGUGAUUGGGGGGGGGGCUGCUCUUCUGCACCCCUAGGGUGCAAAGUCCUUCUCCCCAUAAAUUUGGGUGGGUCCUCAAUGGGAACCAGAGAGCGUGUGUGGGCUGCCUUCCUGGGCACAUGUUUCCCAAUGGGAAGUUGGAGGGGGGCUUUAAAAAAGGUUUCACCCUCUCCCUUGGCCUCCUGAUCUAGUGCUCAGGACCCCUCACCAUCAGGAACUCCUUGCCAUCUAACCUCAAUCCUGCCUGCUGCAGUUUCAGCCAACUUCCCUCUCUCCUGAGUUCAGUGGAGGUGGAGAAUGGCUGUUUUUCAUCUUCUCUGCACUGGCCCUUUAGAGAUUCAUGGACUCAGUUCUGGCCGGGUCACCCUGUCUGUCCUCCUGGGGUGGAGAGUGGGCUGGAUUGGACCAUCAUCUGGCCUGACAGCUGGCCCCUGGACUCAAGACAGAAAGGCCCUUCUAAGUCCAGAUGGUAUGCUUGUGUGAUGGGUCCAGCCUAAGUCCCCUCCUCCCCCAGCUAACCCUUCAGCCUGUCUCCUCUUGUCUUAACCCCAACCCAUGCAGCUGAGCUGUCCCUGCAGAGGGUGAGGGCUGUGCUGCUCCAUGAAUGGAUAUGGGGCUUCCUCCUGGGUCUGGCUCCUGCAUAGCUCAUCCCACCUCAUCAUGAGCCUCAACUGCCUACAUCUUGGCCAAGCAGCACACGGGCUGCAGAAGGGACAGCCGACCCUGUCUAUCUGGGACAGGUCCCCUGCAGGCCUUCUCCAUCCUCAGCACCCUCAGCCUCUGUCCCCUGGCCUGGCCCCUCUGUUCUCUGAGUCACAGAGAACAAGGCUAGGCAACCAGGGGAAGAGGAAGAAAGGCCCCAGCAAGCCCCAGUGGUCUGGCAGCAUCCAGCCACCAUCGCUUAGAAGGAUGCCCAUGAGGAAGUUGGCCCUGGAAGCAGCCUGGUGGUGCCAGCUGAAGCCCCUCUUGGAGAGUCAGCAGGCUUGGGCAGCUGUUUCCACACCAAGGUGGUGGCUUCUCUGCAAACCAGCCCAGGGGAGGACUCCAGGGUGGACGGCCUUUGAGGUCCAUCCCAUGCUGACGCAGAAGCUCCCAGAACACUCAGGAAACCUCUCCGGACAGAGCCCUCUUUGUCAACCCAAGACCCUCCCAAGGCCUCUACUGCCCUCUGGGUCCAACAGAGGGGGUGGAAGAGGGGCCACUCCCUGCCACCUAGAGCUUCUCCGAAUGACAAUCAGCUCGUGCCAGGUGGGGACCAGGGCAUGACCCCCGGUGCCCAGGUCCUGGGCCUGCUCCUUGCCACCAACCGAACCGUGAAUGUAGGGCCCCCAGCUUCACCUCUGCCCCAGGACCAACAACACCCUGGUUUGGUGUUGGGAAGAAAAGGGGGUGGCCUGAGAGAGCCCCAGGCCCAUCUGACCCCUAGCUUCACCCAGCACUGGAGCUGGGCAGAGACGCAAAACCCUGUCUGCUCUCGGGAUUCCAGACCUCCCUAGGGCUCCCAACUGACCUCAGGCCUCUGUGUCAUGGAAUGUCACCAAGGUGGGGGAGGAGGGGUAGGGGUGAGUGUGGGAGGGGACUAGGGAACUGACUCUGCUCUUCUCCCCAGGAAGGAUCCAGGGCAGAGGACACCACACCUCCCAGUGUCCCCACCCCCAGCUGCAGCCUCUUCCCCCUUGAGCAUCCAUCCCCUCCACCAAGCCCUCCUGGGCCUGAGCCCUUUCUCUAUAAGAGUGCCACACCACCACCACCACUACCACCACCUCACCCCUCGAGCACUUCCCCAUGAUGACAAACCUGUGUCAUUGGCUCAGACACAGGUCUGCUCACCCCAGAACAUGCCUCCCCUCCCAAGCCACACUGUGCACGAAGCGGGUGCAGGAGAAGGGCCAUGUCCCAUUCAUGUGGGCACCCCCCUUCCGGGCUCCUCACGGGGGCCUGGCUCAGUCUUCUCAGCUCCGGGGAUCAGCCCUGGUGGGCAUGGAGUGGGGGGCAGGGAGGUGCCCUCCCCCUCCCCCAGGGAAGCCACUGAAGAAUGUUUACAUGCCAAACAGAAUGUAACACCCUCCCCCACCUCUUCCCAGUCACUGCAUGGCCUCUGCCCACCCUGCACCUGUCCACCCCCACCCCAACACCCUGGAAGCCGCUGUCAUGAUUAGAUCGGGUCUUGGAAGGGAAGUAGCCAUCACACCAUUAAAAAGCCUGUGGACCUUUCGUUCUGUUGGCCUGGACUCUUCUUCCUUUGGGGAAGAGGGAAAAGCCUAGGCACUGUGGCUGGGAAUGGGCAGGGGAGAAGAGUGCAAGUUGGUGGGCAAGUGGGAAUGGACUGCCAUGGAGGCAGAUUAGAUUGUCUCUAUGGAGAUGGAAACAGACGCUCAGGACAGGAACAGAUAAAGGGUCACACAGGUGGAAGAGGGCUACUCUCUGUCUCUGAUAGCAAAGCCUCUGCUCUCUCAGCUCCCCUGGUUGUCUCUCCAAGGAGGCUCAGAGUCUAGCUUUGUGCAGGGAGGAAGGGAGGAAGUAUUUGCAUUGCCCCAAAGUUAACAGACACAAGUGAGUUUGGAAAACCAUAUAGCUAAAAAGCUCACAGGCAAGGAGAAACAAUGGUCAUUAUUCUAGAAAAAUCUAUGAAAAUUAUAAAUGAAUGCAGCCUAUGACCUAGCAUUGCCACUGACAGAAUCAUAUUAUGGAUUCGUAAACUUGUGAAAUUCCAUGUGUCCAAAGUUACUCACUGCAGCAUUUUCCAUGGAGCUCCCCAAACCUCAUCUGCUAUCUCACACUCAAAACAUUCUGGCAAUGGGAGUUUUUUCACUAGAUUCACACAAACUCAUGUGGUAUCAAAACUUGACAAGACCA